AUGACUUCCCUCCUUGAGAGCGAAGCCCACCUGGACAAGCGUGCUGCCGAGGUGAAGUUCUCUGAAGCGGCCUUCAAGAGUCUCAAGUCCCAGGGAUUCGUGACCCUUGGACAGCUUGCGUACAGUGUCGGGCAGCCUGGUCAGAUCAUCCCAGAUGAAGCGUUCAAUCAAUUCGUAAAGGACACCAUCCCCCGUGCAUCGGGUGCCGACUCAGCUUGUCUCCGUCGCCUCAUUUUUGAGGCUCAGACUUUAGUGCUUGCUGAUUUACGACAGCAGAUUAACGACCCUGAUGGAUCAUCAAAGAAGGUUCCGGAAGCCGAGCGCGAACAGCGCUUAGCGUCACUGCGGAAGCAAUUGCCUGGGCUUCUCAUUGAGGGGCCGACAGAGCCAGGACGAGCCCUUUUAGAUGAGUGUGCGAGCCAAGAAAGUGCGUGCCAGCUUGAGUACAUGAGUGUCAUCAGUCGUCACCUUGCAGACUUGCAGCGGGAUCAUUGGGCUUUGCAAGAGCAAUUCCGUGCAGCACAGCAGGACACACAGGUGCUUUCGGACCGCUGCGAGUAUCUUGAGGGCAGGAUUCGCGUGUUGGAGUCCUUUGAGAAUCGUAUCCGUGCAUUGGAGUCGGCCCGUGAUUAUACAAAUCAUCGUGUCGUGUGGCUGGAGCGCAUUGUGCAGCGGGCCAUCCGGCGUCAGACCGGCCCAGUGGUUUGGGUAUGGGGGUCUAGAAAGGAGCCGUGGAAGGCAGCGGUGGUCCACUCUCGGUCUUGGGCCGACCAUGAGGACGAUCGACGGACCGCGGCACUUGAAAUGUGGCGGCUGAUCAUCUUGACUUCGGGAAAGGGCACUAGGGUUGGUAAAAAUCUUGCCAAGAUGCAGCAGGAGGGAUCCUCGGCAGAUGCUGUAGAUCAAUGCCUUAGGGAUGUGUUCUCGGCUAAGUCAACUUCUACGCUCAAGGCUAGGGCUGCAAGUUUGGCACAUUAUGCGCGGUGGAGGGCAUCCGUUGGUCUGGACCCAGCGGUCUUUCCUUUGGACGAGGCCGAGGCUUACUUGUACGUUUGCUUUUUGAGGAGUGAGGGGGCUCCCAGGUCCCGUGCACCGCGCUUCCGCGAAGCAAUCAAUUUUGCUGGCGCGAUGCUCGGUGCAGACGUAAGUGAUGCAUCGAGCUCGGCGCGCAUCCAAGGGGCUGCAAACCCUCAGGUUCAGGCUGUGGUUGUUCGCAAGAAGGUGCCAUUGACGGUUGCUCAGGUUAGGGCGCUUGAGGAGUUUGUCUUGCAUUCCGACAACGAUCUAGCAGCGGUUUUGGCUGGCUACGCCUUGUACUGCCUCCAUGGAAGGCUGCGCUGGAGUGACGCUCAGCACACUGAGGCAGAGCCGACAUUGGAUGUUCAUGAGGGCAAGGGAUUCCUGAACGCCCAGCUUUAUCACCAUAAAACUGCUAACCGGGGAUCGUUGGCUAGGCAUCGGUUGCUGCCAGUGUCCUGCAUCUCGCCCGGUCUUGCGGAGGGCAGUUGGGCGGAAGCUUGGCUAGAACGGCGGCGACGGCUCGGGCUCAGGGCGUCAAGGGGCGUUCCGAUGAUGCCGAGGCCUCUGUGCACUGGGGGAUUUGACUCCCUACCGCUUGAUCCGUCGCUCGGGGCAUUGUGGUUGCGUGAGGUUCUGAAGGAAUGCCAACCCUUAGAUCUGGACGUCAAGUGGGGGGACAUUGCUACCCAUAGCUUGAAGGCAAUACUUUUGAGCUACAUGGCCAAGGCGGGUGCUCCGGAGAAUCUGCGUGCAAUUGCGGGAUCAAAGUUCCCACGGCUGGACGAGCCUACGAGCGACUUGGGGCGCUUGUAUGAGCGGGCAUUGAGUGAGGCAAGUGUGCAGCUUGCGGGUCAGGCUACCUUGAAGUUACCCUGGGAGAAGGGCAUUUAUGCCGAGAUUUUCAGUGGUAGCGAGCUACCUAGGAUGCCUACCUUACCUAUGCCUGCUACACUUCCAGUCGUAGAUGUUGCAAGACCUGGGACCCAGCACAGCGAAGCCUUGAAGCAGACAUCAGAUCCUCUGCCAAAAUUCGAGAGUGCAGUCUACAAGCACUGUCUGCAUAAAUCAACUAUUGCUGCUGGCGGGAGACCCGGGACAGAUCGAGAUGCCGUCUACAGGCGCUGGCUUUGUAUCUUGGGCCACAAUCUUGCUGGCUCUAAGAUUGGAGAGUACAUUGCUGAUGGUGCCGAAGACCCUCUUGUUUUGAUUGCGGACACCUUUGGAGGGAAAAGUACGAGCACCUUGCUUAAGAGAGCCAGGUUUGUCGCCCGGAUGCUUACGUGGGCGUCUGAGCAUAGUCAGACGUUUUUUCCGCUGCGGCUUGGACCAUUGCUUUCAUUCAUGCGCAGUUUGGCAUCAGAGAGUGCCAAGGCCCAGUGUGGAGAGACAAUCAAUUUCCUUGUGCAUGUCCUUGGUGUGCAUGCCGAUCUGGAUAUUUUGAAGCAUCCUGUAAUCCAAGGGCUUCUACGGGGGUCUCGGUCAACAGGGAAAGAGAUCAAGCAGUCCAGGGUACUCACUGUCCGGGAAGUUAUGGCGCUCGAAGAUAUGCUCAGUGAUGCAUCCCUUGAUCCUGUUGAUCGAUAUGGUGCAGGAGUUUUUCUUUUCCAGAUUUACAGCCGGGCACGAGUGUCCGACAUCAGGAACAUCCAUCGCUUUGAGCUCGACCUGAGUGGAGAUGACGGAUACCUUGAGGCGAAAACGAUGGACCACAAGAAUGCGACCAGAGGACGUGGGCUGGGGCAGAGCUUGAUUCUCGUUGCUCCGGUUCAGGGCCUGCGGGAUAAGGCGUGGGGUAUCCAGUUCAUCGAGGUUGCAAAGAUGGUUGGGUUCAACCUUCGACAGGGGCAUCGUGGACCUUUGUUACCUAGACUUACUGCCGAGGGUCAGUGGUCAGGGGAGGCGAUCGGGUCUGAUGAGACUACAUCGUGGCUCAACGGCAACAACCCUUUCCUGGAUGACGAAGGCGAGAGCAGUCAUGAAUCAAAGGCUGAGGUUACAGAUCCUCUCAUUCUCGCUGCUGAACAGUUCCGGUUUGGCGAUCCUGAUGAAAUCAUUGACACUGGAGGCGAUGUCGGCAGUGAACACGAGCCCUUGCUCGAGGAAGGAAAGCCGGCUGACAAUUGUGAUGCUGAGCCUGAGCAGGAUGCUGAGGAUUCCGACUCGAGUACCUCUAGUUCUUCAGGUUCCUCUGAUGACCAUGCCGAAGCUUAUGAGAGUUUCGCCAGUGAUGCUGCCCUUGAUUGUGCUGUGCCCCACUUAAACAAAGAGGUGGACUUGGACCUAGUGGUCUUCAUUGAGGAUGGCGAGGGCUAUGGGUUGGGCGAGGGCUUCGGGCCUGCACAGCACGUUGUGCUUGCGCUCGCAGUUUACUAUCGUCUACUUUGUGAUGGGCUGGGCGAGGGCUUCGGGCCUGCACUGCACUUUGACGAGUGCAACCACAUGACAGGAAUCCUUGACUGGCGUGAGUACCGAAUUGAGCCCAAAAGGUGUGUGGAACGUGGUGAUGACACGUUGGCCGUGUUCUUGGAAAGAUGUGAGACGGCCGGAUUGCCAAAGCCGAUUCGGGACAUCUUGGUUGGCAAGAAUCUCAGUACCUUGGCAGGUCUUGCAUUCGCAGCGGGGCAGCCGGGGGAAACACCGAGUGAUGCAGCGCUUACCGGCCUGGCGAGAUCCGGCACGGAGGAAGUUCCAAUAGCGACCCUAGCUUCCUUGAGGCGGUUGGUGUUUGAAGCGCAGCUCCUCAUGACCGCGCAGGUGAAGAUGCUGAUCGAGCAUCGUGCCGAUGACCAAAAGGCGGAAUUAGCACCCGCAGAAAGAUCGGAGCGAAUCCAGAAGCAGAGCGAGCGCCUGGCCGGUGUUGCACUCCGCAACGAGUCAGAGUGCUCCUAUGGGUCAUACGAUUUGGUCAUGAAGAUGGUCCAGGAGAACUGUGUCUCCUACUUGUCUCCAGCUAGGUUUCCGUCUCGGCAGGCCGAACUUCGUCUGGAGAAACCUCGAAAGGAGCUUGAUGUGGUCAACUCAAAAAUCACUUUGAAGGACCAGGCAGUCGAUCUUCAAUGCCAGCUUCACACGCCGCUGUGCCUGCAUCAUGCUCUUCAUCGACGGGCACUUGCAAUGGAUCUCGUUGGGGUAGCCAGCUACAGUGUGAGCAUGGAAUUUCACGAGUACUUGAUGUCACACCUUACCAUGGAGCCACCGCCUGGCUAUCAUCAAGUCACACUGCAUCAGGUUCUAGCAGCUGACCGAGCCGCUUGGUUGCGACUCGCGGAGAAACUUCCUAAAGGGCUUCGUGCUGGUCCCGAUGGGAAACUCCCGCUGGAUAUCGAGCUCCCGAAAUUGCAGGGCGACCCGAAAGUGGCUUUUCAUCUCUUACCUCUGGGACCUUCUGCUUCAUCAUCCGGGAAGCGUUCGAUGGAUGGCGACCAGGGCCAGAACAACGAUUCGAAGAUCCAAAGGACUGGAGGCAAGGGUAAAGGGAAGGGCAAAACCAAAACUAAAGCCUUUCCCAAGUCUAUGCCUGUGUCCCUCAAAGACAAGUGGUCGCGAACCAAACGCGGUGUUCCGAUAUGCUGGGCCUUCAACACGGAAGAGGGCUGUGGCAGCAGCUUCACAGCCAACACGCAAGAAGGCCUGAUCGAGUGCAAGUGUGUUCUGAAGCCACUCAUCCCGCAGAGGGGGGAUGGAGGUCAGCACGAAUUUUCCUUCACGGUCCUUGCAAGGUUCAUGCGCCAGCAGUGCCCAGACGCUGUUUUCACGAGCCUGGCUUUGAUGAGGGAUGUGCAAACAACAUUACACAUCGACACGAACAAUUCAUUACCCUACCUGAACACUGUGGCGAAGGUCACCAAUUUCGAGGAAGGGGGUUUGUGGGUUCACAACGAUCACGGUGACAUGCCUUGCCCUGAUGCAAAUUUUGGGCAGCUGAUGGGAACGAAGGUCGACUUCGAAAACGGAGUUAUCAGGUCUGCCAAUUCCUCUACCCUUGAGUAUUCCCGCGAUACCCUUGCACCGGCAUUGCAUUUCUUGGAGUGUAUGUUCUUGACCAUAACGAGCGGGUUGUUUGCACCCGACGCUACCAGGGCUGGGCGCUGGACCCAGGGCGUGCGCUCGGUGGAUGAUGCGAUCCGAUUUCUUUCGGGGAAGCCGGCUCCCAGUCAGGCCUCGGGACCCGGCCCGGCCGAAGCUGCUGGGGCCGACGAGGGUGUGCAGUCUGAUCCGGAAUCGCCAGCAGAGAGCAUUGCGUCUGCCGGUGAAGCGAGGAGGCGGGAGUGUCCAUUUUUGCGCUUGGGUCUGACUUGCAAGUCUCUGACGACGCCAGGCGGUCCGUUCGGUGUUUUCAGCAUAAGUUGA